GGCGGCGGGUGGCGGCGCCGCAGCGAGGCGGCCAUUUUGUGGCGCUGCGCGGUCGGUGGCGCUGGGCUCGGCGCGGAGCGGGGCCCGGGGGCGGUGUAGCGCCGUUCUUAACCCUUUUUCCCGUACAGAUCCCUCGAUGGCGCAGUGCGUGAGCCGGGUGCAGCUGUCCGUGAACUGCCGCCGCCUCCUCGACCGCGACGUCGGCUCCAAGUCGGACCCGCUGUGCGUCCUCCUGCAGGACGUGGGAGGCUGCUGGGCUGAGUUAGAUCGCACGGAGAGGAUUAAGAACUGCCAUGACCCGGAAUUCUCCAAGAAGCUGCUCGUUGACUACUACUUUGAGAAGGUGCAGAAGCUGAAGUUCGGCGUGUACGACAUCGACAACAAGUCUGCUGAGCUCAGCGACGAUGACUUCCUCGGGGGCAUGGAGUGCACGCUGGGACAGAUUGUGUCCAGCUCAGUGUUUACCCGACCUCUGGAGCUGAAGGAGGGAAAGCCAGCAGGAAAAGGCACCAUUACGAUUACAGCAGAGGAGAUUAAAGAUACCAGGGUUGUUAAUCUGGAAAUCGAAGCCCGAAACUUGGACAAAAAGGAUUUCUUAGGUAAAUCGGAUCCAUUUCUGGAGCUGUACAAGCAGAAUGAUGCUGGAAUGUGGCAGCUGGUGUACAGAUCAGAGGUCGUUAAGAACAACUUAAGUCCAUGCUGGAGGAGGUUCAGCGUUCCCUUGCAGACGUUCUGUGGUGGUGAUCUUAAUAAACCUAUCAAGGUGCAGUGCUCUGAUCAUGACAGUGAUGGGUCACAUGACUUGAUAGGUGUUUUUGAAACUAACCUGACUCAGCUGCAGAAAGCAGUGGAUGGCUGUCCGAUGGAAUUUGAAUGCAUUCAUCCUGAGAAGAAACAAAGGAAAAAGAGCUACAAAAACUCAGGCAUUAUUAGCAUAAAGUCCUGCAAGAUUGAAACAGACUAUUCGUUCCUGGACUAUGUUAUGGGAGGCUGCCAGAUUAAUUUUACAGUGGGCAUAGACUUCACUGGCUCCAAUGGUGAUCCCAACUCACCAGAUUCUCUUCACUACAUCAGCCCAGAUGGGAUAAAUGAGUACUUGAUUGCCAUCUGGAGUGUGGGAAGUGUAGUCCAGGAUUAUGACACGGACAAGCUGUUUCCUGCGUUUGGGUUCGGAGCACAGGUUCCUCCUAGCUGGCAGGUGUCUCAUGAGUUUGCUUUGAACUUCAAUCCCAACAACCCUUACUGUCAAGGGAUCCAAGGAAUAGUUGAUGCCUACCGCCAGAUCCUUCCUCAGAUCCGACUCUAUGGCCCAACCAACUUCUCUCCUAUUAUAAACCACGUGGCAAGGUUUGCUGCACACUCGGCGCAACAGAGAACUGCUUCUCAAUACUUUGUCUUGCUGAUCAUCACAGAUGGAGAGAUCACUGAUCUGGACCAAACCAGGCAAGCAAUUGUUAAUGCUUCUAAGCUGCCGAUGUCCAUCAUUAUUGUUGGAGUUGGUGAAGCUGAUUUCAAGGCAAUGGAGUUUCUUGAUGGGGACAGUGGUGUCCUGAAAUCCCUAACAGGAGAGCCUGUUGCACGAGACAUCGUUCAGUUUGUGCCUUUCCGACAGUUCAGAAAUGCUCCCCGGGAAGCUCUUUCCCAGGUGGUUCUGGCUGAAGUGCCGAAGCAGCUGGUGUCAUACUAUAAACUGCAGGGCUGGCCACCUGUGAAACUGCCGGAAACAAAGAAGAUGUAGACUGCAGCCUCACGCCGGCCAUACGUAUCACUGGGUUCUUUUCUUCUGUCUAUCUGCCUUGGAUGUGGGGACACUUCUGUACUGGUUGGUACCUGUAUGGGUCCUACUGAGUCCUGGCCUGAACCACUGAUUGAGCACCUGAGGAAAGGACCCAGUCAGCACUGAGAGUACAGGUGAACGCAAUUCAGCUGUGGGACCAGAAGGGGUGGAGCUGGCUGCACCUCUCUUAGACCUUAUUUAAGGGCUGACUGCCACUGGGGAAGGCUCUCUGGUUGGAGAUCCCUCCUUUGUGGAGUUUUCCCUACCAGCCUAGAUCUUUAGAUGGGUGAGCACUUUCCUUUUUUCUCUGUAAUGCUUUUCCAUCAUGCUGGUUCCUUUGUCGUUACAUCUCCUGCAUCACCAUUUCACUGCAUUGAUCUUUCUGAUUGCUACAGUACCGCAGUCUCUUGGUUGGAUGCCUGAGGUAGUUCUUGCUGUGCCUUCAUAAAAUGUCAGUAUAUUUUUAUAUGUAGACAUUUAUUUUUGAAUUUCUGUUACCAUACUUUGUAAUCAUUGUAUUUUUAUUAUCACAUUUUUCUACUAGCAGAAUGUAAUUCUGUGAUGACCUUUUGCUUGGAGCCAUUGUUGCAAUUUAAGAAUGCUGCACUUUGCUUAUUUGUGGGUGGGGGAUUAAUGAGCUAUGUGACUUUCAGAAGCCAGUAAUUGGAAACAUUGGAAUUAAAAUGCUUUGAGUGGUUUCCCUGGAGUCCCACUGGUAUAAAGUGAAGAAGUGAUUAUCUGUGGAGUUAUGAGGAAGUAGUUCCUUAUCCUCAGAAGUGUGAAGCAUGUGUUACUACAUGGUUUGGGGUUGUAAGUAGACAAAUGAUAGCAAAGCAUGAUUUCCUUGAGACUGGAGGUAAUUCAUUUCAAAAUAAAGGAACAUGCACUACAAGUUGUCAUCACUUUGAGUUGCAUAAAUAAAUCUGCUUUGAUUUACA